ACAGUAUAAUUACGAGUUAUUUCUCUGGGAAGCCAUGCAGACAGAACCCUGACAGGAACUACAUCUCAGGUUUUGAUCUGAAACAUCGAGAUGUGGGGUCACAACCAAGGAAACCAGCAUCCCUCUGGCUACAACGUGAACCCAAGCGGGUGCGAACCGCCAAUGCCAGGUGGGGCCCCAAUAUGCCCUCCCUACCAGCCCCCCUCCACUUGCUACCCUGUCACACCAUCUUAUCCAGUACAGGGUCCCCAUGGAGGUCAUGGGCAUGGGCACGGACCUCAUGGCCAUGAUCAUGGUCAUGGGCACGGACAUCAUGGCCAUGAUCAUGGUCACGGUCACGGGCAUCGUGGAGGUCACGGUCAUGGAGGGCACGGUCAUGGAGGACACGGAGGGCACGGUCGCGGAGGGCAUGGUCGCGGAGGGCAUUGUCAUGGGCAUGGUCAUGGUCAUGGUCAUGGGCACGGUCAUGGGCACGGUCAUGGAUGCAGGCACAGGCACAAGCAUGGGCAUUGGCAUGGGGGUUGUCACAAGAAAGGGAAGCAGAGUCAUGGGAGUUCAAGCAGCUCCUGCAGCAGUGACUCCGACUAGAGCCUGCAGUCAGAGGGACAUGACUUAUCCUCUUAUCAGCCGUAAGAGACCUGGAUCUCUCUCCCCAGUGCUUUACUAUAGCCCCAGAACCAAUCCCUAAUCCCCAUCCCUAAUAUAUGAAUGUUACAAACCCACAUCUCUCCCGCUCAUAGGACUGAUUUUUUUAAAGCAUGAUGGUUUCUUUUAUGUAAAAUAAUUAAAGGACACAGAAGGAAACUUAUUUUUUCUUGUUGUAUGCCAAAAUGAUUAAAAAAAUAAAGAACUGUCCAAUUACUGUGUACAUCAUAACUACAA